ACCGCCCGCCGCGACGACCUCCAUCAUGGCAGUGGUGGACAAUGGCCCCGUCGCUGGCACUGACUUCUUUUUGAAGGGGGAAAGUGGACGCAACACUCGAGGCUUGCUGCGAUUCCUCAUCCUGCUCACCAUCGCCGCCGCCGCCGUCGCCGCCCGACUCUUCUCCGUCAUUCGCUUCGAGAGCAUCAUCCACGAGUUCGACCCGUGGUUCAACUUCCGCGCAACAAAGUAUCUUGUCUCCAAUGGCUUCUACAAGUUCUGGGACUGGUUCGAUGACAGAACAUGGCAUCCACUCGGGCGUGUCACUGGUGGCACCCUCUACCCCGGUCUCAUGGUAACCUCCGGUGCCAUAUACCACGUCCUACGCACCCUUACUCUUCCCGUCGAUAUUCGGAACAUUUGUGUGUUGCUCGCGCCUGCUUUCUCAGGCCUGACAGCGUUCGCAACCUACCUCCUCACUUCCGAGAUGAGCGACAGUCCCUCAGCUGGUCUGCUGGCUGCCAUCUUCAUGGGCAUUGCCCCUGGCUACAUCAGUAGAAGUGUAGCAGGAUCAUACGAUAACGAGGCCAUUGCCAUUUUCCUCCUCGUCUUCACCUUCUACCUGUGGAUCAAGGCAGUAAAAGUGGGCAGCAUCAUGUGGGCGGCACUCUGUGCGCUCUUCUAUGGAUACAUGGUCAGCGCCUGGGGAGGCUACGUUUUCAUCACGAACCUGCUGCCUCUCCAUGCCUUUGUGCUGAUGCUCAUGGGACGUUUCAGCCCACGGCUGUACGUGAGCUAUACAACCUGGUACGCUCUAGGCACGUUGGCUAGCAUGCAGAUUCCUUUUGUUGGUUUCCUGCCAGUCAAGAGCAGCGACCACAUGGCGGCACUCGGCAUCUUCGGCCUCAUUCAGCUCGUGGGAUUCGCUGAGUAUAUUCGCUACCAGCUGCCCUCCAAGCAGUUCCAGACCUUGCUUUGGGCAUCGGUGUUUAUUGUGUUCGGUCUUGCAUUCGGCGGACUGGUUUUGCUCACUGUAUCCGGCACAAUCGCACCAUGGAGCGGACGAUUCUACUCGCUGUGGGACACUGGCUACGCAAAGAUCCACAUCCCAAUCAUUGCAUCCGUCUCCGAGCAUCAGCCCACUGCAUGGCCAGCUUUCUUCUUCGAUCUCAACAUGCUCAUCUGGUUGUUCCCCGCUGGUGUCUACAUGGCCUUCAGCGAACUCAAGGAUGAGCAGGUCUUCAUUGUCAUUUACGCUGUGUUGGCCAGCUACUUCGCUGGAGUCAUGGUGCGUCUCAUGCUCACCUUGACUCCCAUUGUCUGCGUGGCGGCAGCUAUUGUGUUGAGCAAGAUUUUGGAUACGUUUCUGGUCUCGGCACAACCAAGUGUGCCAUCGGACGCUCAAGCCAACGGUAGCGCCAAGGGAUCUGCCGGCACGAAGGACAAGUCGGCUUCCAUCGUUCCCGAGGCUCUGCGUUCAACGAAAGCUCCCCUGGUUGGCAUCUACAGCUACCUGUCCAAGUCAUUGAUCACUGGUACCGUCACCACAUACUUGCUCCUCUUCGUGCUUCACUGCACAUGGGUGACGUCGAAUGCAUACUCUUCGCCCUCCGUCGUGCUGGCCUCCAGACUGCCAGACGGCAGCCAACACAUCAUCGACGACUACCGCGAGGCUUACCAAUGGCUGCGCCAGAACACGAAGCAAGACGCCAAGAUCAUGAGCUGGUGGGACUAUGGCUACCAGAUUGGUGGCAUGGCAGAUCGUCCUACUCUUGUCGACAACAACACGUGGAACAACACGCACAUUGCCACUGUCGGUAAAGCCAUGUCCAGUAGGGAGGAAGUAUCGUAUCCGAUCAUGAAGCAGCACGAAGUCGACUAUGUUCUCGUGGUCUUUGGUGGACUUCUCGGAUACUCCGGAGACGACAUCAACAAGUUCUUGUGGAUGGUCAGAAUCGCAGAAGGUAUUUGGCCGGAUGAGGUCAAGGAGCGAGACUUCUUCACCGCUAGAGGCGAGUACCGCGUGGACGAUGAGGCCACUCCAACCAUGAGAAACUCGCUCAUGUACAAGAUGAGCUACUACAACUACCACUCGUUAUUCCCCGCCGGUCAGGCGACUGAUCGCGUGCGCGGGUCCAAACUUCCCGCAGUUGGCCCAGAACUCUCCACGGUCGAGGAGGCAUUUACCAGCGAGAACUGGAUUAUCAGAAUUUACAAGGUCAAAGACCUCGACAACCUGGGUAGAAGUCACCAGGAAGCGGUUGCAUUCGACAAGGGCAACAAGAGAAAGAAGGCAGGCAAGCGCAAGGGUGCACGCGUGCUUCGAGUAGACUAAAGCAGACGACUCCCAAAAGCGCUUCUGUAAUAUAGCCGUCACUUCUAGAGAGUACAUGUACUUUACCUACAAAAAUGCCAAGC